UAGGGAGCAAUGCGGCUGGCCCACACCAGCCUGGCAUUGUGUAUAGCUUACCAGGGAAGCCAUUGGAGAUCGACUCGCUAGUACUCCAGGGAGAAUUCACGAAAUUUUAUGGCUGACACAACACUACAUUUAAUAAGACCCAACUUAUAAGGGAUGUUUAACGAAUACAACACUACAUGGAUCUUUGGUAGGAUGCACUGCUUACAGGGAUGGAUGACGUAAUGGGUAUGGGAAAAAUCCUAGGAAUGGUCAAGAUUGGUACAUACACAAUCAUUAUUAUGGCUGUUACCAUCUUGGCUCUGUAUGUUGCUUUGCAGAGUCCUAAAAAUCAUAGUUGAGACCACUUCUAAAGUAUGAGCGUGAUGGUAUUUGGAGUGAGUCUGGAUCGAAAUCCCACAAGCUACGAAGACCGCAAGGCAUCGCUUCCGUUCAAAUGCAUGAGGCAGCCGCUCACAGAAGACGAUCUAGAUGUAGAGUGCAUCGACGAAGAAGACGGUAAAAUCCUAGAAGAUUCGAGUUAGAACAGAACAAAAAGUCACAUUUUUGAUUCUUGAUUAAAACUUUUAUAGUUCGCUUUUCUUAAACUUAAAUGUUGUGAUGUACUAUUUACAGGUGCCUCAUCGGCAGCAUUGACUGACCGCACGUGGAUCACUGCAGAAGACCUCGUUGAAG